AUGUUCUCCAAUCGACAUGCGACUGGCGGCGGUGGCUCGGGCGGUGGACACGGGAAAGGACACGGAAUGGGAAUCAUGGAACAUUUGGAUAGGAUACGUGAAGAAUACAAUUCGGUGAACACACAGCUCGGCCAGCAGCGACAAGAAUUAGAGAAGCUGAGUAUCGAACGAGAACAAAUGCAACGCCAAUUCAUGAUGUAUUACGAGAUGUCACUCUCAAUGAAUGCCGAGUUUAUGAAACAAAACGAAGUGAACAAGAAGCUUUCAACAGUGUUGCAACAGGUGAUCACCUUGCUUCCACCGGAUCAAGCGACCACGGCGAGCGCGGCUUUUGAGCGGGCAAAACACGUCACCCAAGCUGAUUUGAAUCAGGCGAUGAUGGGAAACUCACAGGCACAAGCGAUGGCUUUAUUGCAAGGACAACUGGGAAUGCAGCUCCCCGGCAAUCCCCUAAUGAAUCCGGCGUUCGCAAAUCCGGCUGCUUUUGCUGCACUCGCUCAGGCAAACAGCGAACGGGCGAAUAGUGCACGACCACGUUCGGCUUCCGGAAAACCCGAAGAAAGAGAAGCGAAAAGGACAAAAAUCGAUCCCGAUGAGGAUGAGGGAGGGAAUAUUGAUGUUGAGGUAGAUGAGCCAAGCGGCAGUGGGCAGACGAAUGGACACGAGAAGAAACCAGCGAGGGCGGAUAGUGGACGGGAGUCCGCUCAUUCUGUGGCCUCAUCGGGAGCUUCGACCCCAGGAAUCCCGAAAGCUCCGCGAAAUCCUUUCGAAGCUAUGCUCGGUGUGCCGACGGGUGGAGCUGGUGGAAGAAUUCCGCCGAAUCUCGCAGCGAAUCCAGCCCUCUUGACAUCUUUUGAUCCACAUGCACAAGCGAGAUUGCUAGCCGCCGCCGGAAUGGUGCCCACGAAUGGGAAACCCCCGUACUCGUACAGCGUUGAGGGCACAUCAGGACCAAGAGUCACCAAUUUCCCGGCUGAUGCGUUGACGGCACCCGGAACACCGAAUACGUUGAAAAAGAUCGACGAACUCCCGCACGGUGACGUCGUUUGUGCGGUGACGGUGGCCAGAGAUCGAGAACGGGUGUUCACCGGUGGAAAGGGGUGUGUGAAGGUGUGGUCCCUUCCCUCUUCCUCUUCAUCAACUCCAUCAUCAUCCACCACUCGAACACCCCUCCAUUCCUUAGAUUGCCUUCGUGAUAACUACAUUCGAUCAGUUCGUCUACUCGGCGACUCGUCGAGACUUUUUGUCGGUGGAGAAGCCUCAUCGAUUGCUGUUUGGGAUGUACAGGAACAAAAGCUCUUGUGCGAGUUGGACAGUGAAGUGCAAGCCGUGUACGCUUUAUGCCUAUCAAGUGAUGAGAAACGGCUGUUCGCGUGUGGUUCUGAUGGAAAGGUUUUCGUUUGGGAUACACAUAAUCAUCAAAAGAUCGCCACUCUGAAUGGGCACAGUGAUGGGGCAUCUUGUGUCGAUCUCUCGUUUGACGGGCUCACUUUGUGGACCGGUGGAUUGGACAAUUCGUUGAGAGCCUGGGAUAUCAGGGAACUCAAAGAGUCUUCGAAAAUCGAGUUCGCCGCACAAAUUUUCUCGCUUGGUUGCUCGCCAAGGGAUGACUGGGUGGCUGUGGGAAUGGAAAGUACAAUUGUUGAGGUUGUUUCUCCUACACAACCUGAGAAAUAUCAACUACAUAUGCACGAGAGUUGCGUCUUGUCGCUGAAAUACGCGCACUCUGGGAACUGGUUUGUGAGUACAGGCAAAGAUAACGCGGUCAACUGUUGGCGAUCACCGUAUGGAGCGAAUUUGGUUAACUACAAGGAAACGUCAUCCGUUCUCUCGUGUGAUAUUUCCCUUGACGAGCAGCUUCUUGUCACCGGUUCCGGCGAGAAAAAAGCCACCGUUUACGAGGUCGGCUACACAUCAACAAGCGCUCUC